GGGGCGGCAUGCGUCCGUGCCCACUGGGGCCGCAAGUGCGGCUGCAAGCAGGCACCACGCGGGACAGUGUCGGGCCGUUCGCCCCCCCCGCCACUGGUGGUGUGGGGGGGGCUGGGAUGCAUAAAGAUUUCUCUGUGAUCAACUCUGCCCACUACCCCUUCGCCCUCGUCGUGACCGUCAUCUUUUUUUCUAAUCCUUCUCCUCUGCUCGGUGGUGUUGUCGUGGGAGGGCUACACGAUCAACUACUUUGGGAGGCCCUAUGAGACGAAAACGCUGCAGGAUAUGUCGAAGGUGCAGGUUGAACCCCUCAGGUUCAAGGUGGGCGACGGGACCGUGAUCCCAGCCAUCGACGAGGCUGUCCGAGGCAUGCGCGAGGGCGGGGUGAGGCAGCUCAUCGUGCCAGUGGAGCUUGGCUACGACCAGGAAAAGAAGCUGCAACCUCGCCCGUCCACGUUCUCUGGCCAGCGGGCACUCGACUUCGUAAUCGACAACAAGGGUGGGCUCAUUGAUAAGACGUUGCUGAUCAACCUCGACCUGAAGAAGGUCUACGCUGCGGAGUGACGCCUCGCCGAUCCCUCUGGGCCUCUGGAGCCUGGAGCACGUCACGCUGCGAAGACAAGCCGCGCCGCCCCUCUGAUCUCUGCAGGCUCC